UGUGAUACAUUAUUAUUAUUAACCAAUAGUAGUUACAAUUAACUUUGUAGUGUUGUUUAUUUAAUUGUGUGUGAUUUGGCUUGGCAAUGAAAAUGAAUUUCAAUUUGCUAAUUGUGUCUUUAUUUUUAAUUGUUUACUCAGUUAAUUGUGAAUUAGAUGCUGAUGAUUGUCCAGAACCAGAGUUAAUUAAACCCUGUCAUUGUGAUCGUGAAGGAUUAUCUUGUUUCAAUGAAUUAACCGAAGACAAUUUAGCUAAAGUGUUUCAAGUUAAUUCACAAUUUAAAGCUUACCGGUCAGUUUGGAUUACCCAGAAUCCAAUUAAACAAUUAACCGCCAAUAUAUUUAACGGUUAUCGAGUAUUUAAUUUCCUUAUUGAGGAAAAUGAUUUGGAAACAAUUAACGAAGAUACUUUUUCCGGUUCCUAUCCAAUAAUAAAAGAAAUGAGUUUAUAUAAAAAUAACAUUUCCUAUUUUCCUUUCCAAGAACUACAAUUAAUGACCAGUUUGGAGAAAUUAAGUUUACAAUCAAAUCGAUUGACAACAAUUCCGGCCAACAGUUUCUCCCUUGCACCCCAAUUAAAGCAAAUCGAUUUAACCAACAAUCAGAUUGAUUCAAUUGCUCCUGGUGCUUUUUUUGGAAUGAAAAAUUUAGAGAUAAUUUUACUUUCCAAUAAUCGAUUGGAAAAAAUCCCAGCAUUGGCCUUUGGUUCAAUACAAACUCAAUUCCAGAUUGAUCUCUCUGGAAAUGAAAUCAGUUUCAUUGAUCCAACAGCAUUUUCGGCCUCACUUCCGGCGGUCAUUUCCUUAGCCGAUAACCAGUUGACUUUCCUUGAUCCGAAUGUAUUUAAAACCCCAAUACAAAUUGGGUCAACUCUGGUUGUUCCUGGUAAUCCAUUCACAUGUAAAGGCUGUUCGGACUACCGAUGGCUUCUGUCGGUGCGAUCAACACAAGUCCAAGGUUUCCAAUGUUCAAGUGGACGGAAACUCUCAGAACUCAAUUUACUCAACAUUGGCUGUUUAUUUUAAUUGUUCCACAACAAUUAACUUAAUUGUUUCAUGUUAAUAGAGUUUAAAUUUGACGUAUUAUUAGACAUUAUUAAGGAAGUAAAAAGAGAAUGAGAAAAGUUCAAUAAACAAGAUAAAUGAAAA